AGCACGCCCGGCGCUGUCGCCGCGGCGCUCCCGCACGGCGGGAGCACCGCUGAUUCACCUCGGGCGGCCGCCGGCAGGGAGGGAGGGAGGCAGGCGGACAGACAGACCGACAGACCCUGCGGGGCCCGGCCGGACCGUCCCCCGAGUUGCUGUCGGGGCGGCCCCGGGGCUUGGGCGGCGCUGGGCGAUGCUGGGGCCCGUCUUGCGGCCUCGGUGACCCCCGGGCCGGUCCCGGUCCCGGCCCCGGCGGCGGGAGGCCGGGCUCGUGUCGGUGUUCCCGCCCUGUCUGCGGAUACGGGCUCUGCCGGCUGCCGGGGCACCGGGGCCUCGGCGGGUGCGGGAGCUGCGGGGUCACUACGGGGCGGUGACGGGAAAGGUCCCUUUGGCUCUGCGGCUGGCGUGUGAUGCAGCCUUAGGAAGUGCUAAUUUACUCCUUAUCCACCAUGUGUUUGUAGUUGGGAACUUAAUUCAUCCCGUUCUUUUUACCAAGUGAUGCGUUUAAUGCCCCGGUGACAGCGUUGAUCACGUCUGCAGGAGCGUAGUUAUGGAGGAGCCUUAAAUAAGAUUGCUUUUUAUUCACAGUCGUGCUGACUUGUUUUUUUUUGGGGGGGGAAAUGGGUUACAGUUUUAGCUGAAGAAACAAACUGGUCUACAUGUGCUUCACUGUCCAUUGGAAGAAUGACAGAUGACAAAGAUGUACUUAGAGAUGUGUGGUUUGGGCGAAUACCGACCUGUUUCACUUUGUAUCAGGAUGAGAUAACUGAGAGGGAAGCUGAACCUUACUAUUUGCUUUUGCCAAGGAUAAGCUACUUGACAUUGGUAACAGACAAAGUGAAGAAACACUUUCAGAAAGUUAUGAGACAAGAGGAAGUUAGUGAAAUAUGGUUUGAAUAUGAAGGUACACCACUGAAAUGGCAUUAUCCAAUUGGUUUGCUGUUUGAUCUUCAUGCAUCAAAUACAGCCCUUCCUUGGAGCAUCACAGUACAUUUCAAGAAUUUUCCAGAAAAGGAUCUUCUACACUGCCAUUCUAAGGAUGUGAUUGAAGCUCAUUUUAUGGCUUGUAUAAAAGAAGCAGAUGCUUUAAAGCACAAAAGUCAAGUCAUCAAUGAGAUGCAAAAAAAGGAUCAUAAGCAACUGUGGAUGGGGUUACAGAAUGAUAAAUUUGAGCAGUUUUGGGCAAUAAAUCGAAAACUCAUGGAGUAUCCUCCAGAAGAUAAUGGAUUUCGAUACAUCCCCUUUAGAAUUUAUCAGGCAACAACAGAGAGACCUUUUAUACAGAAGCUGUUUCGACCAAUUGCUUCAGGAGGGCAGUUGCAUACUUUGGGAGACCUGCUAAAAGAUGUGUGUCCUAGUGCUGUCACCCCUGAAGAAAUGUGGCUAUCUAACCUGAGGAUAGACUUGAGAUGGAGAGCAGAAGACUCAAGUGAUGAUUCAUGGAAUUGAGCCAAUGCUGGAAACACCCAUUCAAUGGCUAAGCGAACAUAUGAGCUAUCCAGAUAAUUUUCUCCACAUUAGUAUCAUUCCCCGACCUACUGAUUGAAACUCAGCUAUAUUCGUAUAAGGAUCGUUCUCAAGCUGGAAUUAAAAGGGCAUGUCAACUUCUUGCUUCUGUUAGUCUUGACAGAGGCAGCCUGACCAGAAAAAAAGAAACCAACAAAAAGCCGAAACAAAACAAGAAGUCCUCACUGCUGUAAGCCAAACAGGAAGAGAGAUCCUGUCAUCAGAUAAGGGCAAUUGGGCUGAUCUUAUUUUGCAUCACUGCUGCGUUUGUUCACUGCUAUAAUUAAAUCAGUUGCGAUAUGAAAGAAUUUACAGGACUUCUGCAAGUCUGCUGUUUUCUUGUAAAAUAUAAUGAAGCUGAAAACUGUCAACCGAAAAGCAAAUGGAAAUAUGUCACUUGAUUGUAUUUCUGAUUAACAAAUAAACAGGGCUGUUUCGUAAAGUGGUAGUGUUUCAGCUUUGAGGGUGGAAACACUGGUUCGAUUUUCUAGAAAGUUAGACAGUGAGAGAUUCGGUUACCAGUAGCUUUUUGUAAAAGAUCAAAUUACUGUAAAUCCAUCUUUCCUUAAUGAGAAGUUCAUGUUUACAGUAUAUAUAUUGGUAUGCAAAUGAUCUUUUAACUUUGAUAACAAGCAGUGAGAGAUUUUAAAGUAAGCCCAUGAGCAUGUUUUGUCAGUUAAAAACAUGCGCAACUUAAUAAUUUACAAAUACUUUUGAUUUGUAUGCUGUCACUGAAUACUCUAGUGUGUUUAUUAUUCAAACCGGUUUUCAUGAACUAGCAAUGAUGUAGGAUAAUCUGUCUCAGGAUCCGUCAUGGCGUUUCUUUGAGUUCAUCUAUUUUUUUUUCCUCCAAGAAUAUUUUAUUAAUUUACUUUAAAAAGUUUUUUUUAAAAAAAAAAAAAAAAAGAAAACUGAAUGGAUGUUGCAAACAGGAUUGUAUCCUGCUGUUUAUUUCCAUAGACUAGGAAACAGUUAAAUCAUAGAAUGAUGAACAGAUUUCUUUUUAAUGAUUUUGAAUUUUGGAAAGCUGAGACUUUUCCAAGCUAAUACUUCCUCACAUCUGUGGUCCCUGAGCAAUCAGUCCGAAAUGUGGAAGCUUCUAAUCUCAUUGCACAGAUUUUUCCUUAGUUUAGCAGAUGUAUUUUUAGGUUAUUGGAUCAUUUUGGUUUCUAAAUGUUUGUUACCAUUGCAGAUGCUACUAGAACUCUACCAAUUUUUUUGUUACAGUGAAUUCAUCAAACUGUGCUCUAUUGCUUUGUCUGCAGUUUGUGGCUGUUUGUGGCACAAAACAAUGUUUAUAGUAGACAUAUUAUCAAAUAUGUCAAAUAUUACCAAAUAUAAAGAAAGCAUGACAUUCUUCUUUCAAAAAUAGUGGCUGUUGAAGUUCCUCCUCACAGUCCUGGCUUGUAAAUGUCCUGGUAACUCCCAGUGCUGUUCCCAUUCGUUUCCAUGCUCCCUUUAUGGUAGGAUACUUACCUGUAUCUGAAAAAGGAAGAAAAUGAAAAAUCAAUCAAAUGAAUAACAACCUCUUUAUGAAGCAAGAGGGGAAGGAUCUCCAUGGGUGAGGAUAGAGUUGAAGCUAAGAAGAGCCCUAAGGGCAGAAAAAGUCAGUAGACAGGUUAGAUAGUGUUUUAAAUGUUAACAAGGAAAUAGCUUGAAGGGAGUGGAAUAGGUCCUAAUGAAACAAACCUAUGCUAUAUUCUGCAGGACAUGAAGAAUUUUUAAAAUAAAACAAACCAUGCUGAUCUCUGUUUAUGCAGAAUUGAAAUAUAAUAUUCUUACAGAGGGAUGAUUUGGUUGAGUUAUUCUAAUUUCCAGUUCUGUUUGGAAUUUUUGUUAUGUUGUUGAAUUGGCAUUUUUAAACUUCCUUAGGCAGACAUAUCUAAAUAUUUUGGGCAAUUUCAAAGUCCUGCCAGUCGAUAAAGCAACUAUUUUGUAGAGUCUUCAUAUUUAACAAAAGUGUCUUUUGUAGGCAUAAUUUUUCCAUUAAUCAGGAUAAGAGGCAAUACAUUUAAAAAACUGUAGAGAUUAUGUUUCCUUUGUUUUAAGGUAAACUGGAGGGAGUCACUGGCUAUUUUAAUAUGUUCUACACCAGCACUUUAAGUAUACAACUCUUCUCGUGGCCCAUAUUUGCCAGUAAAUCCAACUUUAAGGCCUAGCAUGGAACAAAAAAAAUAUUGGCUUUAAAACAUAUUCUUUCCUCUUACUUUAACUAUUUAAACUUUAUUAAAAAAUAAAACAAAGUUUGAGUCUGUCUUUAUUUCCAACUAAAUAAAGAUCUUUCUCAUGGAGUGACAAGAAUAUUUAAUAAUACUUAAUAAGUAGAAACUUCUUAAAGAGCUGGUUGGGUGAGGUAUCUAAACAAAAGCACGUCAUCACAAAAAUGAAGUGGCAUCUUUGCUUUACCUGAGUUAAAUCACAUUUUUGUAGUUUCUUUUACUUAGUGUGCCAAUAACAAUAAAAGGUGUGUGUACUUCA